AGAAUUACAGUCGUCCUUCCUUUCAAAUUUUGAACAACUUUUAUUUCAACUCUAUUUCCUAUAUAUUCCCUUCCACUCUCUCCAUUUUUUUCUCCUCUCCAAACCCUAAUUUUUCCUCCGCCAUGGCCAACAAUGGCGACGACCGACGAUCCGCCGCUGCUAUCAACGCCGACGACGAUGAUUUCCUCACUCUUUCUUUAACUUUCGGGUCACCCAACUCGCCCGCAAUCACCACCGCCACUCCUCAUCAAGAACCGCAACUCCUCCCAAACCCUAACCUUAACCCUAGCCCAUUUUUAAUCACUUCAUUCUCAUUCCCGUUUCCCUCUCCAAACGCUAAUGAUAAUAAUCCUCCUGCCCCUCCGCCUCGUCAGCGCGCUCGGCGUAACCCUACGCAAACCUUGCGUGAUCACGCCCGGGGCGAAAACAUCCCGCCCCCGUUCCCAUGGGCAACCAAUCGUCGAGCCGUCGUUUAUAAUCUUGACUCGCUGCGGAGGAGGAAUAUUAACGUAAUCUCGGGGUUGGUUCAGUGCAAGAGGUGUGAGAGGCAGUACGAGAUGGGGUUUAAUUUGAAGGAGAAGUUUUUUGAAGUGGGGCGUUUUAUUGCUGAGAAUCGCAACUCAAUGCACGAUCGAGCACCUGGGUUGUGGAUGACGCCGGUUUUGCCGACGUGCCAGUUUUGUGAGCAGGAGAAUAGCGUGAAGCCGGUGAUUUCCGAGAAGAAAAAAAACAUUAAUUGGUUGUUUUUGUUUCUGGGGCAGAUGCUGGGGUGCUGUACGCUUGAACAGUUGAAGUAUUUUUGUAAGCAUACGAAGAACCAUCGUACUGGGGCAAAGGAUCGUGUUCUUUAUCUGACGUAUCUCAGUCUCUGUAAGCAGCUUUAUCCGAGUGGCCCGUUUAAUAUCAGGUAAGUAAGUGAGUAAAUAAUUGGGUUUUUCGUGAAUUUUGGUUUGGUUUGUUGAUAUAUUCAUGGAAAAAUCAUAUGGGUUUUUGUUGAUGUAUAGUUUUGAAGUUGGGAUUAUGCAAUUUUAUGGUUUUUGGACAGUAAUUUCUUAUGGGGUUUUAAUCUUUGUUUGAACUAUAAAUAUCUGUUAUCUUGAAUGAA